GCAGAAUCCCGUUGACAGCAGUUGACCUCCCGACUUGACCUUGACAUUGCCCGCGAGCAAUUGAGACAGAACAAGGCGACAGGAGGGGAAAGAGAACAGGUCUGUCCCCAUGCCGCCCAACAAGAAGAAGAAGAAGCCCGCGUCGAACCCGGCCAGAGGCUUCGCUACGGUCUCAGUACCCUCGAAGCCCAAGGCGACCCCGGGCGACUCGACUGCUGGUACGUCGGCUGUCGAGUCGGCCGCGGAGAGCAGCAAGCCUACGCCGGGCCAAACGCCAGGGUCGUCGGGUGUGACGCAGCCGACGACGGCCGCGGCGACGGCAACGGCGGCGACGUCGCUACAGGAUUAUUCACCCGAAGAGCUGGAAAAGCAUCUGGAGGAGGCAGAGCUGCAGUUACUUGUGGAGAAGUAUGCAGCGCGAUGCAAAAGCGAUGCGGUGCGUCAGGUCACCAAGCUUGACACCGACCGGCGGUUGCUACGCCAGCAGGCGGCGCCCUUGAACAUCUCGGAAUGGUUGUCGGUCGACUUGGUGGAGGAGAUCCUGAGACUUGGCGAGAAGGAGGAGCAUGAGCUGGAGCCCCUGGGAUCCAAGCGGGGUGGAUCGCAGGAGGAGCUGUGCGUGCGGUUGUGGACGCUGCGAGAGACGCUCAACAAACUAGGCUUCUCGCCGUCGAAAGUCGAGGAGGCGCUGAAGCACGCCCUAUUGUACUUGUCUGCGAGUCCAGCCAGCACCAGCAGAGAUACCGUGUGGAAUCUCGAUGAGUGUUUAGACUGGCUGGCCAUGCACUGCAGCCUCGACGAGCUUCCCUCAUAUACGCGGGCGACGACUACCCAGCCCGUCAAGGAGCCGGAGGCUCCAAAUUCAUGGAUAACUGAUGCCGAGCCGUCACGGCCGUCGACACCCAAUUCGGUACAAAGCAACAAUAAAGCAAAGCGAGCGAAGAGCCAGUCCAAGGCAUCAAGUGUCCAACUAUCGACCCCGUACGACUCCGACAGCUCGCUCGAUCCGGACAAUCUCGUAACGGAUUUCUUGGACUUCCAAACCCGGCUCUACAAUCUGCGACCCGAACUCUUUGACCGACUGAAAAAGGGCAAGAAGGGCGCACAGGGACUACAAGCAGAUGCUUUAGAUGAGCCCGAGGUCGUGAAACUUCAGCGGAAAAUCAUGAGGAUUGAAAAGGACGUGUUGUUUGACCGAGAUGAGGCUGAAUACCAGUGGAGAGAGAAGCUGGACCAGCUCAGAAAAGAUGCAGCGUUUUCCCGACGGGCCACGCCGUCGGGAAAUGAAUCUCCUGCUCCAAAGCCCGCGGCACCUGAAAAACAAGAAGAAAAACCCCCAUCAGAAUUAGAAGACGACGAGAAUAACGACGAAGGUGCCGGCCUUUUUGGUGACAUGUUCCAAGCAGCGGGACCAAUAACAGAGGUUGCUACGGAUACAAACGGCUCGGAUAUAACAGUCACGCUUCGAGACUUUGGAAAAUGGACAGGCCUUAACCCUCGCCGUGUUCUAGAGGAAACAUGCAAGGCAAGGGACGCUGGGUGCACAUUUACUUAUAAGGAGAUCUCCUCGGGAUUUUCCAACAGAAAAGCUGUUGAGGUGCGAUGGUCGAAACCGCAAGAUGCUCCAUUCUUAAUAUCCUUGGAUCUGGUCACGAUUAAAUCCUCGCCGUACGCAACCUUUGUCUCCAUGGACGAGAUUGCAACCCCGACGGCACAGCAGGCAGAAGCGUACAUUUCAACCCUCAUCCUAUUCUUUUUGUUCCCUCAGAACUCAAAAGAAGGCAAAGCAUAUCUACGCCUGCCAGCCGUGUGGAGAGAACUUUGGACAGAAUUGGCUGCUGUGAAGAAGGUCCAGGAGGACGAAAUCGACAAACAGACGAUCAGAGAGCUCAGGUCUUUGAUUCAAGAUAACUCGGCUACUUUUGAAGACGACGUCGUGCUUUUGGACAACUUCAGGAAACGAAACGGCGCGGCCAACAGGUUGGAAGGUCCUUCCAAAGGUCGUGGGGGAGACCCGAGUCUCUCGGACGAUAUACUACGCAACACGUGGGUGGAUAAGGCCUCGACGCCUUUUUUCCAGCAUAUGAUGCAGGGCAGAAUGAACCUGCCGAUUUGGAAGUUCAAAGAGGAGAUCCUCAAGACUCUCGACACGCACCAAGCCAUGAUUAUCUGCAGUGAGACCGGAAGUGGGAAAAGUACUCAAAUCCCCUCAUUCAUUCUGGAACACGAGCUCUUGAACAACCGCUCCUGCAAGAUCUACGUAACCGAACCUCGCAGGAUCUCUGCAAUCUCGCUGGCGCGCCGAGUGAGUGAGGAGCUGGGUGAAAACAAAAACGACGUGGGAACCGCCCGGUCUCUCGUUGGUUUUGCCGUUAGAUUGGAGAGUAAAGUCAGUGCGUCGACGAGACUGGUUUUUGCAACAACCGGUGUCGUAGUACGAAUGUUGGAGCGACCAGAGGACUUCAAAGAUGUCACUCAUGUGGUUCUGGACGAAGUCCACGAGCGGUCCAUCGAUAGUGACUUCCUACUGAUAGUUCUUCGCCGGCUUAUGCAGCAUAGGCCCGACUUGAAGCUAAUCUUGAUGUCUGCAACCCUGGAGGCACAACGAUUUUCCACUUACCUGGGCGGGGUUCCUGUCCUCAACAUACCGGGCAGGACUUUCCCAGUCGAAAUCAAGUAUCUGGAAGAUGCGAUUGAUAUGACCAAGUAUCACGUCACGGAGAACCAGUCGUCUCAUUAUCCGCUUGAUGAGGACUCGGAAGAUGCUGCAUCCGAAGGCAUGGCGAAAGAUGAGCCGGGGGGCAUUCUGGCCACGCUGGACCGCUAUUCUAAGCAAACUAGAGACUCGGUGCUUCGAUUUGACGAGUAUCGGUUAGACUAUAGGUUGAUUACUAGGUUACUGGUACGAAUCGCAUCGGCGCCUGAUAUGGCGCAGUACAGCAAAGCCAUUUUGGUCUUCAUGCCUGGCUUGGCCGAAAUUCGCCGCUUAAACGAUGAAAUCGCCUCGGAGCCAACCUUUGAGAGUGGAUGGAUUGUGCAUGCACUCCAUUCUUCUAUCGCCAGCGAAGACCAAGAAAAGGCGUUUGUGGUGCCACCUGAUGGGGUGAGAAAGAUUGUCAUCGCCACGAACAUCGCAGAGACGGGUAUCACUAUUCCCGACAUCACGGCCGUCAUCGAUGCUGGGAAAGAAAAGACCAUGAGUUGUCAAGACUGGUGGAGUCUUUCAUCUCCCGCGCCAAUGCUAAGCAGCGACGAGGUCGAGCAGGGCGUGUGCAGAACGGCAUUUGUUUCCAUCUGUUUACCAAGCAUCGACAUGAUACAUUGCUCUCUGAACAACAAACUCCCGAGAUGCUGCGACUUUCCCUUCAAGACCUUGUUCUCCGGGUCAAGAUUUGCAAGUUGGGAGAAGUGGAACAGACACUCCUUGAAGCAGUGGACCCCCCCUCGUCAAAGAACAUUCGCCGCGCGAUCGAUUCUCUCAAGGAAGUGAAAGCCCUGACGAACAGUGAAGCACUUACCCCUCUAGGAACACAGCUGGCUAAGCUACCCUUGGAUGUGUUCCUGGGGAAGCUUAUCAUUCAUGGCGCCUUCUUCAAGUGUCUCGAUGCUGCGGUCAGCAUUGCGGCGAUCCUAUCGUCCAAGUCGCCUUUUGUGAAUGCUGUAGGCUCCAACUC